UGCAUACUAUUUAUUCAAUAUCCUACGUACAAUACGCCUGCGAUCUUAUUCCUUUUUUUAUACCGUUUUAACCGAACGCCAGGGAAAGAUUUUUUGUGCUGCUUACAGCAAUGGCAUUACGAUUUAACAUUCUUACAUUAUUAUUAUUACUUAGCGUAAUAUUAGUGUUAUCUGCGAAAACUUCAGGAAACACGAGAAAGAAGAGACCUAAGCCACCGAAGCUCAGUGACACGAACCCGUUUCUUCAGAAAACAGAAUUGAAUAUUUCUAGUACAACCGAUACAGGUUCUAGUGGAAAUAAUUUUACAGAAAUAUAUACUUCAAAUGAUCUAAACACUAAGAUACAUUCACGACAGAAGACGUCUGCAGAGAGAAUUUCAAGUGAAAUAGAUUUAUAUACAGAUUCAUAUACAGAUUCAAGAUUAAAGUCAGAACUUAAGUGUGAAGAAUAUCGAAGACAAUUUUCAAGUACAAAAGGCUCAUUAUCUUUGGUGGGUGCAAAUUCAGAGGUAAUCAAGUUAACUAAUGACAAUUGCAACAGUAUGAACCCUCUUGUUGUUGGAGGUGUUCGUGCUUCCCCUGGAGAAUUUCCUCAUAUGGUUGCUCUAGGUGUAAGAGGUACAGAUGGAACAUUUAGCCUUACUUGUGGUGGUACUUUAAUUGCACCAGAAUGGGUACUUACUGCAGCACAUUGUACUCAUGGGCCCAAAAGUCCCACUCAUGCCCGUAUGGGUUUUAAUAAUUUGAACGACAAUCAGAAAGGUAUCAUAACUGGAAUUAAGAGGGUACUACGUCAUCCAAAGUAUAAACCUCCUACUCUACAUGCUGACAUAGCUCUUAUAAAGUUAAAUACAGUUAUUGUUUUCAACAAAGAUAUAAGACCUGCUUGUCUGUACCAGCAAUAUGAUACUGUUCCUACACAAGCAUGGGUUAGUGGCUGGGGUCUUACUGAAUUUGAUAAUGAAGAAAAUAGUGAUCAACUACAAAAGGCCCUUCUUGAUAUUGUGGAUAAUGUAGCUUGUGCAAUAACAUACAGACAACAAAGUAAACUACCAUAUGGAAUAACACCAAGUAUGAUUUGUGCGGGAGAUUCUCGUGGUGGUUGGAAGAAAGAUGCUUGUCAAGGAGAUUCGGGAGGUCCGCUACAAAUACUCCAUCCGUCAAAUUGCAUGUUUCAAGUAUUAGGCAUUACCAGCUUUGGAGAUGGAUGUGCGUUCAUCAAUACACCCGGAGUAUAUACCAGAGUAGCGCAUUACCUUAAUUGGAUAGAAGAGAAUGUUUGGCCGUAAAUUUAGUUUCAUAAUAUCAAUGUACA